AGUGGCUCCUCCAGUGAGGCAGGCAGGCAGCGGCUCGGCUCUCAGACUGAAGCAGACAAAGGCAAGGGGAGAGACGGCGUGCCGCUAUCCUGCUGCAGCAUCGACGCACACAUUCACACACACACUCCCCCCCUCUCCGCAAGCAGCGACGCAGACUCUCCGGAGCUGUUCACCACCACCACACAUCUGUCACAGCCAUCACAACUUUUAGUCAUCAUGGAGCUAGACUUUGGACAUUUUGACGAGCGAGACAAGUCAUCCCGUACCCCACGGGGCGGGCGCCUGAAUGGACUUCCCAGCCCGACCCACAGCGCUCACUGCAGCUUCUACCGCACGCGCACUCUGCAGGCCCUCACCAAUGAGAAGAAAGCCAAAAAGGUGCGCUUCUACCGCAACGGAGAUCGCUACUUCAAGGGCAUCGUGUACGCUGUGGCCAAUGACCGAUUCCGCACAUUUGACGCGCUCCUGGCUGACCUCACACGCUCGCUCUCUGACCAGAUCAACUUGCCACAAGGUGUCCGCUUCAUCUUCACCAUUGAUGGCCUACGCAAGAUCGGCUCAAUGGAUGAGCUUGAGGAAGGGGAAAGCUAUGUCUGUGCAUCAGAGAACUUGUACAAGAAGGUCGACUACACAAAGAACGUCAACCCCAACUGGUCAGUGAAUGUUAAGGCCUCGGCGAGCCAGAAGAGCAUGCAAGCCUUUGCUGCCAAAGCCGGCAAUUUCGGAGAGAGCAAGGACUUUGUUCGACCCAAGCUAGUGACGGUGAUGCGUAGCGGCGUGAAGCCACGCAAGGCUGUGCGCAUCCUGCUCAAUAAGAAAACGGCACACUCAUUCGAGCAGGUGCUCACCGACAUCACAGAGGCCAUUAAACUUGAAAGCGGCGUGGUCAAGAGGAUCUACACGCUUGACGGCAAGCAGGUUACUUGCCUUCAAGAUUUCUUUGGUGAGGACGAUGUCUUCAUUGCAUGUGGACCAGAGAAAUUCCGCUACGCCCAGGACGACUUUUCUCUGGAUGAGAACGGUGAGCGGGACAGCUUGAAAUGCAGGGUGAUGAAGGCAGCCAAAGCUCAACGUGGCUUAGUUAAGAGUCCUGGUCCGAUCAGGCGCAUGAAGUCUCCGGCUGAAUCAACCAACGGGACGGGCUCCAGCAGCCAGCUCUCCACCCCGGUUUCCAAGCAUUCCCCCCCCUCCAGCCCCAACAGUCCAGGCCUCAACAACAAGCAGAAGGAUCUCUACUUGCCCUUAUCUCUGGAUGAUGAUGACUCUCUCGGCGAAUCGAUGUAGACUCUCCUCCUGCAGCCUGCCCCUUUUUUGGCCUGAAACGCAGAAGUUUUUAUACCUCUGCUGCUUUCCUUCUUCACUCACAGUGCCACCUGUUGUCUACGAGAACCAUUCUCUGUCUCUUUUUAAGGCCUUAGCCACUGGUUAUGACACCAUUUGCUGCUUGAGAAUAACAAAAACAUUAAAAAAAAGAAUACAAACGUUCUAUAGCCGUUUCGACCACAUUGCAACAAUCGGCUCACUAAUGUUCAGACAUGUUACUUUGUGGAGGUUAGCCGCCAUUUCUCAAAAAGGGCACACUGUUCAAUGACCAGCAGAUCUCACGGUGUAAAAGAAAAUCACAUUUUGUUAAAAGAUACACUCUGACUUUAAUAUUUCAGUCUUUCAUAUUACAGAAUUCCAAGCAGCAAAUGGAUAUUUGUAAGUGUGUUAGUCAGAGCUGAUCCAACUUUUUUAUCACUUGUAUUCGUGACGUUCCUCCAUGUCCUCCUGUCCUACGGUUAAAGGUGUGAAAGGUAAUGGGUCCUUGUCAGAGGAAAUCUGCUAAACCAGAUAGUCUUUCUAACCCGCUGUAAAUACUGUGUAUAGCUAUCCAUCGUAACAUCUCUGCCCAAUGUCUAUUGCUGUGCAUCCAUAACGUCACUACAAUGUCCGUCUAACAUUUGCUCAACAUGAUACAGGGUAUGGUCAAAGUAAAAGAACAGCCAACAAAAUGAAGUCCCACCACAGAGGGUGAGGAUGUGUGGGAUGCAGCUCCCGACAGAAGAGGAUUAUCAGAAGCCAACGCCUCCUCAAUUCAUGUUUCCAACUGAUUAUAGAAACCAGAGAUUAUAAAGCCAUCUAUGAAAUGACACUUUUAAACCACUAUAACAAUGGAGGCCUCACAAUCCUUAUGUUGGCAAUAAUUGGCAUUCAUCUUGUCUAAUCGGGGACAAGGAAAUAACUAAGGAAAAGCAUCCCACAUAGCCCUCAGUGAAGUCUUUGUGUUGGUGUUUCCUCUAUUUUGACCCUCUACAUAGACAGUAGGCUAUACGUAGUAUAUACCCUCUGUGUUUUAGAUUUUCACAAACUGCAGUGCAUGAUAUUGAUGAAUGAUUAUUAAACUUUGGGCAUGUAAAAAGCUGAUUUGAAGGACCUAAUGGUGCGUAAAACAACCAAAGGAAAAAAUAUUAGGCCCUUUUUGUGUUCUCUUUUUUUUUCUUUUUUCAAGCCAACAUGCAUUAAUAUACAGUCUAAAUAAUUCCCUUUUAGGCCAGCUUAUCAAUUCUGGUGACAUUUUAUAGUACAAUAUGUAAGAUCAAAUAAUAAAUAAUUAUAAUAAAGGUCUCAAAGCCAAAGUAUGAUGUUGGAAGUACGAUGAUGAUUUUUAGACCAGGAAUUAUAGAAAAGGGAAAAUAUGUAACUUUAAUAGUUGUAAAAUUCUUUAAAUAUUCUGGAGGAAGCACACCUGGAGAUUUAUGCAUGUUACGUUUAAGGCAUCACAAUAACUUCGAGAUUAAAUCAUAAAUGGUGCUCAUCUGAGGCAAUUAGAGUUUUAUUAGGGUGCUAAACGGUAGUGGGAUUUGCAUGGCUCAGCAUAGUGCUCAGAUACAGGAGGGAUGAAAAUGUAACAGUUGUCUAAAUCUGUGUGGGUUUAAAAUUUUUAUAAAGUUAUUCAUUUAUAUCAAGGGUGCUUUUCUAGGAUUUCUUUCUAGUUGCUCACAUGAGCUCUUAACACUAGUACUUUUUUCAAGCCUCUGUGUGCAACUUUCUAUGGCCAUAUUUCUUUUUCUAUAGUCUCGAGUUGCAUCGUGUGUCAAUCUGCAAAUCUUCUUAUAAAUCUACAGAAAAAUUAGUUUUCUCUGAUUUUUGCAGGGACUCGAGCCUGAGAAUCGCUAAAUUAGACACGACACCGAAGCACAAAGCAGGGAGCUACUGAUUUAUCACAGCAACAGACACUUUACUGUCUACUUGCCAGCAUUAAUGCGUGACCACAAUUAAUUUCUCAAUGUAAUGAAAAAAGAAGUGCUGCACAUGUAGCAUCCUUUUUAAAUUAACGUCUAUGCAUUCGGAUUCAAGAAUAGUUAAAAAAAAAUAGUUUUUCUUUUCUGUAAGAAUGGCCUUUUUGAUACCCAAUAGCGUAAUGAGAAAUUAACUAAAACAGAAAUUUGCGUUCUGGUAAUCCAUCGUGAUAAUGUGACUGUAUGAAAGUUGUAUGUCUUUAGAAGUGAUCCGGUGCCCGUCUUCUGGAUAAGAUUUGAAGAGCUGUCUACGUCAGCCACUUUAAUGCUCACCAAACUAUCCAGUGCUGUGAACUACACCUUUCUCCUGCAGGGAGUGCUUUCACGCCAGCACAAUAUGUAAUAAUAUCAGCUAAUCCAACAGCAGGGACACUUCACUUUACCCGCCAUUUUGUACAAAACCCCCCCAUUUGUUGUCAAGCUAUCGGUUCCGUAUAACCUUACAUGCUAAUAAUGUUCUUGUUUCCUUGAUUUUUCUACAGCUUAUUACAGCGCUACAGCAUAUAAAACAUUAACAGAAAAAUGUUGGUCGUCUUGUGUUAACCUGCCGCCGCCAUGUAAGAUGGAUGGUGUGACUUCAUCACCUACAGUGGUGCCUUUUGUUUUUUUGAUGACUGUCUUUUGAUAAUAAUAAAAAAAAAAAAAGAAAUGGGACAUUGAAGGCUUGAUCUUUGUUAACCGCUGUUUGUAAAACAUUUUUAAACGUCUUGAAUGAGGAGUCCCGACACACUUUGUUUGGUAGAGCUACAGGACACUUUAUCAUGGUGUAAAUACGACCCCCCUCCUGCUCUCUUUCAUAUGUAACCCUUUCUGAUCGAAUGAAUGACCUUUUUCUUUUUUCUCUUGGAAAUUUACAAUGUCCUUUUUAGUGGUAUUUUGCAAUGUCACAGUGGCUUGUUUCAGUGCUUCAUUCAAUGUAUUAACCAGUAUCCUUUUUUGCAAUUAAAAACAGCUGUAUUUCA